GACAGGAUAUAAAAGACAAAGGUUGCACCCUCUUCUAGAGUGUCCUGGCUCUGCACGCUCCUGGGAGAAAGCUUCACUCAGUACUAUGGGCAUUGGCUUGGGAUCAGGCUGGCUCCUGGGAGACCUUGCUAGCAUCCUCCAGACCUCAGUCUUGCUGGGCCUGGUCCUACUGCUGCUGAAGGGUGGCCAGUUGUACUGGCACAGGCAGAGGCUUCUUCGAACCUUCCAGAGCUUUCCAGGCCCUCCUGCCCACUGGUUCUAUGGGCAUAGUCUGGAGUUUCAGAAGAAAGAAGAAUUAAAGCUGAUUGUGUCCUGGGCACGGAAAUUCCCUUGUGCCUUCCCUCGAUGGUUCACUGGGUUUAUGGCCACUCUCCAAAUCUAUGACCCUGACUACAUGAAAAUUGUUCUGGGCAGAUCAGAUCCAAAAUCUAAUUUAAUCUACAGAUUCUUGAUCCCCUGGAUUGGGAGAGGGCUCCUGAUCUUGAAUGGGCCAACCUGGUUCCAGCACCGGCGGCUGCUGACGCCUGCCUUCCAUUAUGACAUCCUGAAGUACUAUGUGGUACUAAUGGCUGAGUCUGUCCGAGUGAUGCUGAAUAAAUGGGGAAAGCUCAUCAGCCAAGGCUUGAGCUUGGAGGUCUUUGAUCAUGUCAGCCUGAUGACCCUGGACACCAUCAUGAAAUGUGCCUUUAGCCAUGAAAGCAACUGCCAGAUGGAGAGGAAUGCCAACUACUACAUCCAGGCUGUGUGGGAACAGUCAAUCUUGAUAUUUGCUCGCGUUCGGUUUGCCCUCUAUCACAAUGAUUUCAUCUACUGGUUGACUCCCCAGGGCUACCAGGCUCGCCAGGCUGCUCGCUGGGCCCAUGAACACACAGAUAAAGUGAUUAGGAAGAGGAAGCAGCACCUGCAACAGGAAGGAACCUUGGAGGCUGUCUUGAAGAAACGACACUUGGAUUUCCUGGACAUCCUCCUCUGUGCCAGGAAAGAGAAUGGAGACAGCUUGUCGGAUGAGGAGCUGAGGGCUGAGGUGGACACUUUCAUGUUUGAAGGUCACGACACUACUGCCAGUGGCAUCUCCUGGCUUUUCUAUUCUCUUGCCAUGAAUCCUGAGCACCAGGAGAAAUGCCGGGAGGAAAUCAGAGGCAUCCUGGGAGAUGGGAAAUCCAUCACUUGGGAGCACUUGAGCCAGAUGCCAUAUACCACCAUGUGCAUCAAGGAAUCCUUCCGCCUCUAUCCUCCAGUACCAUACAUCUACAGGGAGCUCAGCAAGCCUCUUACUUUCCCUGAUGGCCGCUCCCUACCUGCAGGAGUGUCAGUUUCUCAAGUGCUGCUUCUUUUUGCCUCUCCAGGAACAGUUGUCACUCUCAACAUACAUGCUCUUCACCACAAUCCCACUGUGUGGCCAGAACCAGAGGUGUUCAAUCCUCUGCGGUUCUCCCCAGAGAACUCGGCCUCCCGGCACAGCCAUGCCUUCCUUCCCUUUUCUGCUGGUGCCAGGAACUGCAUUGGGCAGCAGUUUGCCAUGGCUGAGAUCAAGGUGGCUGUGGCUCUGACCUUGCUCCACUUCUACCUGGCACCUGAUGACACUCAGCCCCCAGAGAUCACCUCCAAGCUGGUCCUCAGAUCCAAAAAUGGGAUCCACCUGAAGCUGAAGAAGCUCUGAGGAGGCUGCCCUGGAGAAGGAAGAUGGCUAUCUUCCUCCCUCCCCUCAUCUUGACCCAGCCAGCCAGCCCUGCCCAGGCUCACCUGGGAGGAAGAGAGCUUCAUCUACCUGUCCUACCCCAACCCUUGACCCAGUCAGCCAACUAGCCCUGCCCAGACUCAGCUUUGAGGAGGGGGGGCUUCAUUUAUUUGUCCUCCACCCACCCUUGACCCUCCCAGUCAGACUCUGUGGUGGGGAAGGAUGCUUCAUCUCUCUGUAAUCUGUCCCCUUUCUUCUGUUUACCCACAAAUAUUUUUAUCUAUAAUAAAAAUUCAUCACCCAGAA